UCCCAGAGGAGACCUUGGGAAUGAGCGAUGUGACUCAUUCAUCCCUCUGCAAUGCUAUGGGACGAACCUGGAGGAUGUCCUCUAGCACCAAAUUUGUGCCAGGGGCGAUAAGCUCAACAGAGAUCAAGCAGGUAGGUAGCUAUGAGGUGAUGACUGUUCCGAUUGUCACCUGCCCCUAUGCCGGAAGGGAACUUAGUGAUCAUCUCAAUCCACUUUGUUGGGAUGACAAAGCUGCCACUCAGGACAAAAAGAAAAGCCGGAAGCAUCAACGCUACAUGAUGCGCAGAGCACUGGAGCAGAGUGGACACCUGGCAGCCAAGGAGAGGAAUCUCGUUAGGACCACAGACGUCUCUGAAAUGUAUGGGAUGCAGGACUCGUUGUCCUGGGAAAACGGAAGCCAUCAGGCUCUGGAGAAGGAUGUGAGGACAGCUCAGGAGGCAUCUUCCAGUUUUGGUGAAGCUGUUUCCAUUUCAUCUGAGGAACUAGCCAGCCAGCCUUCAUCUUCCCAAGGUCUUGAGAACCUGCUAAUCUCCCCCAGCAUCUCAGGAAAAAGGACUAGUCCCCUCCUGCCUCAGAAAUCUGUGAAGCGUGUGGCCAUUGACUGUGAGAUGGUAGGCACCGGUCCUUCUGGAAAGAUAAGCGAGCUGGCACGCUGUACGGUGGUGAGCUACGAUGGUGAUGUGAUCUAUGACAAAUACAUUCUCCCAGAACGUCCAAUUGUAGAUUACAGGACGCGCUGGAGUGGCAUCACCUGGAAGCACAUGAGAAAAGCAAUUUAUUUCAGGAUUGCACAGGGUGAGAUCAUACAGAUCUUGAAGGAUAAAAUAGUUGUGGGCCAUGCUCUCCACAAUGAUUUCCAAGCCUUAAAAUACUUUCCCCCUCGAGCCUGGAGGCGUGAUACAAGCCAAUGUCCUCUGCUGAAGAAGAAAAUUGCAUC